AUCACACCCACAAAUUAGAGACCCCCAUUUCAUGAUAAGUGCCGUUCUUCCAUCUCACACUACUACGAUGUUCGCACUGCGCUCGUGCGGUAGCGCGCAUGACGUCACCACCCCUCCUGCGCCAGGACGCGCACACAAACACACGCAGUGAGACAGAUAUAGGGUUUAAUUUUCUUAUUGCAACAUGUCUUAAAUAUCUACAGAUGCCAUACAGAUCUUAAAAGGUAUCUUGAGGCCCCAUAGUGGAUCCCGACCCCACUGCUUGAGAACCACUGGGCUACAGUAGGCUACAUAUAGCUGUCAUCACUUACACAAGAUCAGGAUAAACAAAUAAACAUGGAGAAAGGGAACCAUGGUUAUUCUCAUUUCGAUCAAUUUCUUCAAAGUCAAGAAUCCUCUGUGGUGAACACGUUCCAGCAGAAAUAUUGGAAAACCAAGCAAACUUUGAUCAAAGUAACGGGGAAGAAGGAGGAUGAACAUGUUGUUGCUUCUGAUGCCGAUCUGGAUGCUAAACUUGAGGUGUUUCAUUCUGUACAAAGAACAUGCAUGGAGCUCCUUAAGGUGAUUGAACAAUAUCAAAUAAGGAUCAGCUUUUUGUCCCAGGAGGAAAACGAACUGGGUCGGUUCCUGCGUUCCCAGGGUUCCCAGGACAAAAGUCGAGCUGGAAAAAUCAUGCAAGCGACUGGGAAAGCACUCUGCUUCUCUUCACAGCAAAGGCUGGCACUGCGCGGUCCCCUGGGUCGUCUGUAUCAGGAGGUGGAGACGUUUCGUUACCGUGCAAUCUCAGAUACGUGGCUGACGGUGAACCGGAUGGAACAGUCACGGACAGAGUACAGAGGAGCUCUGCUCUGGAUGAAAGAUGUUUCUCAGGAGCUUGACCCUGAUACACACAAACAGAUGGAGAAGUUCCGCAAGGUUCAAACUCAGGUGCGUCAAACCAAGACGAGUUUUGACAAACUGAAGAAUGACGUGUGUCAGAAGGUUGAUCUGCUUGGAGCCAGUCGCUGCAAUCUCCUCUCGCACGUCCUGACAACCUAUCAGACCACAUUGUUACACUUUUGGGAGAAGACUUCUCACACUAUGGCUGCCAUUGAUGAAAGCUUCAAAGGUUGCCAGACGCAUGAUAUUUCAACACUGAGGGAUCCAAAGAGCAAGAGCUCAGAUCAAGCUGCAAAGAAAAAGGUGAAGAAGAAACUGAAGGCAAAAGCAGAAGAUGAGGAAACGAGUCAGAAUACAGAUGAAACGCUUAUUUCAAUUGCAGAAGAAAAUCACAGUAGGACGUCCACACAAACAGGUAAUGAUGAGUGUUUAUCCAGCGGUCAGAAGGAUGGCUUGAGUCUUUUAAAUGAGAUUCUGGGCAGCAGUUCUCUGGAUGAGGGGGGUUUCACACAGGAAUGGCAUGAUGUGUUUGGUGAAGAUGAGACGACCGGCAGUAUCGGAGCAGAGGUUCAGACAGAUGAGGAGGAGUCUGCUUUCUUUCUGCCGUCCAAACUGUUUGACCAGAAUAUGAACGAUCUGCAAUCUUCAGUCUCAGGUUGGGCAACAGCCAUCCCGCAGAAUAUGUCAGAAAAAACUGCAGCAAGUCAGAACUCUUCCAAACCUAUAGUCAAAGAUAACACCUCAAGAGAGCUCUCGGCUUGGUUCAGCCUUUUUGCCGAUCUGGAUCCGCUGUCAAACCCAGAUGCGAUUGGCCGGACAGAUGAGGAACGUGAUCUGCUUAGUGCGUAAUCAGAUAGACUUUAUCACUCUUUUCACACAAAU